UGCCCCGAAAAAAUAUCAAUUUCAGCAAACCACUCACAUUGUGGACGAGUCCGUGUGGCGAGUGGAAUGCGGACAACGCAGGCUACGACCCACUUACGUUCGAGAACGCUGGUGAGAUGUGGCAUAGCACACCCUUGUACGCCAAAACGUACGAGUGUUUGAUUGGGCCGGCAUCGAUCAAGCACUUGGUGUCGUUUAUGGACGAUCACUUUGCGCCCAUGGCGGAUGGUGUCGAUGCAGAUACCACAUCCCAAGGCAAUCCUGAUGAGGAAACCACCGAAUCGGCGCAGGAGACGCUGGUGGCUGGUGUACACGAAACAAUAGCGCAAGCACUGCCCACAGACACCUCACUCGUAGACGAUGCAGAAGCGGAGACCGAGUCUACCAUUACCAAGACUAGAACUGUCGAGAUGGAGUCGUCUACCAACGCUGGAGACACCAGACCAGCCGAGCCCUUCUCGGUACUGCUGUCGCGGGUGGAGACGCUUAUGUGGCACGUGAUGUGGCACACAGAGGAGUACUGGGAGGCACGCACACACUAUGUAUUUGCGGCUGCACUCCGGGAAGAAGCAGCACAAUUCAUGCAGACCUAUGGUGUGGCGGAUGGGAACUAUCUGGCUAUACACAUGCGUCGCCGUGACUUUGUCUUUAGCAAACAAGGCAAGAUACCUGAGCUGACCGACGUUGCAACGAUCAUCAAAGGUCUGAUGGAUCAGCAAGGGGUUACCAAAGUGUUCGUAGCCACGGACGCGCCAGAGAGCGAACUGGAAGAACUUGGUAGACUCCUGAGCACAGAAGUGUUGAACUACAAAUACAAGGUGGCCGGGAAGGUGACACCCAAGCAAAGAGAGACGCACCUGGCCGACGGACAGCUGGCUGUCAUUGAUCAGAUCCUGUGCUCCCGCGCCAAGUACUUCAGUGGAUCAUUCCAGAGCACGUUCUCCAAUACAAUCUUCGAGGAGCGUACGUUGCUAGGUUACGACUACGAUACCACGUACAACUACAUUUGCCCUCUGCCGAGUCCAGAAAACCCCGAGAAUGGACAGGGCUGCACCAAACCCACCAGAUGGCUCUCGCCCUCGCCCGUGUCACAUUUUGUCCCAAACUUGGGGAGCAAGACCACCGGUGAGAAUGAGCGGGAACAUAUGAAGGAUGAACUGUAGAUGAGACUUAAUUGUGAGCAACCUCGCAGACGCACUCUGAGAACACUGAACGGGACACUUGACGUGACAAGUGCGGUGUGGGAUGUAAAUAAAGUCUGAAGUAUUAGUGCACGCACAAGCCGCAGGUGAACGUAAUAUGUGGUCAGAGAAUAUGCUUCAGGUGAACGUAAUAUGGGAUCAGAGAGUAUGCUUCAGGUGAACGUAAUAU